GGGUAAUGGCAACAGCCUACUAGUCAGACGCUUUGGGCCAUGCGAGUUUCGUCGUUUGCUGCUCUAUGCACGACACUCCUGUCGCAGUCUGCAGUGGGCCGUGGAAAUUUGGAAUGUUGGUCAAGUGGUUUCAACUAUGACUUCUGUUGUGAUACCGGGGUUUAUGGUCCGGCUGGGAACACGGCUUGCUGGGACUCAGCCUUCACUUAUCAAUAUUGUUGUUUCGACGAGACAAAACCUGAUAAGCUGCUGUCAAUCCAUACCUACAAGACAGGGUUCAUCGGCCGUGAAAGUGCAGUGAUUCAAGAUCGCCAGAAAGAUCUCGAAGCAGAGGAGUCUGGAAGCCUCUCCGACUGUCAAUUUCAGUUCGGAUGGAUGUUGAACGUGAAAUGGGGCGCCCCCAUCGGCAACUAUCCCGAAUACUCGGGCGUGCCAUUGCGUCACAUCGGAAGCGGCUGGGAUGGGCAGAGAGCGGGCAACUAUCGAGGCUGCCUCGGCACGGGGGGUCGCUUCUUUCUUGUUGAACUGGAUUUCGAGUUUCAGAGUUCCGCGAGCCAGAUGCACUUUGGACUCUGCGCGCCUGAAGUGUGCUCGGUAGAACAGGUGGCCAAUGACUUGGUCCCAGACUAUGUGAUGCGCGUGGCGGACACUCGACGUUUGAUGAUGACGAUGGGAAGUGUACAGGUUUGGAAAUGGCCGCAUUUCUUGGACACCGUCUACGUGAGUGACUUGCAAGACGUCACUCUGCGUGAUAGAAUACAGCAAGUAUCAUUUCAAACUCAGUUAUGCUUCGCAUUUGUCACCCUUUUGCUGAUCCUUGCCACAAUCUGCGACGACGAACAGCGGUUUGAAGAAGUUGGUGGCCCUCAUGAGGUGCAGCGCGCAAGCCUUAAAGGCAUUCGGAGUAAUCUUACUGCGAUCGGUCAUCACUUUGUCCACGCUUUCUCGGCAAAAAGAGCUUGGAAGGAACUCUGGUCGCCGCCUCAGGGUGACACGGUUGACUUUUUGAAGGGUAUUGCCACGGUGCUUCUCGUUUCUCUUCACUUGGAGAUGGCGCAAAACGAAUCGAUGGACGGUGCGCAGGAGGGCGGGAAUUUGUUUCGUAUCUCCAUGUGCUUUCGGUGUGUGAUAAUGAUGACCGUUGUGACGCUUCACUUGGCCAUUGGACCUGUGGAAAGCGCAAGCGACGGGUCAGCCCAGAAACUUGAUUCGAUGUCUCUGAACCAAGUCUUUAGACACUGUAGUCUCAAGUUGGGGAGAAAGUUUUUGAGGCACCUUCCAUUGAUUAUGCUCUCAGUGUGGUGGGAUAGAAUCGGAAGCAGGUUUUCGUUCUUCAGUCAGCCGUUGAAUUAUUUGGACGGAACACAGAGCACAGUUGACGACCAGGUAUUGAAAUGGACCACUCCACCUGGAGAGUGCUUGAAGUCUUACGGGACUUGUGUAUUGCGGUUCUUCACGAUCAAUUGGCAAGUGAGAGACUCCAACGAACGAGUUGUGGCUUGCUUUGGCUUACUACUUCUACGAGCCGCCGGUUUUCGACGCGUCACACAUGGCAUUCUCUACGUGUGGGCAGUGAUCUAUUACGUGAUCAGAGAAUCUGGUCCUGAGAGCCGCUGGGAGUGGGAAAAGUUGCAUCAUGAAUGGAACUACAUGGUUGCCAAGCGACUUGAAUAUCCUGCUUUCCUUGGUCUUUUCUUGGCUGCUCAAAACUUAGCGCAUGCGCUUCCACAGAGGCUUCUAAGCAAGCGAGCAGGCCUGUUGACAGCAGCAGCUAGCUGGGUCUGGUCUUCUUGGAUCAAUCAAAAUGACCCUGCUCAAUGGUGUCUUGCGCGGAAUGUCAAGAAAUGCUUGGGAGAUGUACCUUUUGUCGUCGGACUCUGUGUUCUUUUGAGGACGGGUUUGCCGUCCACAGAGUUGUUCAAAAUCAAGAGUCCUGACAAGGAUGUCAAGGAGAACAGCGACCAAAGUACGAUCGCUGUUAUUUAUUUCACACUGACCUUCAUCUCUCGGCUGAGCUUUUGUAUCUUAGUCGCCGAGGCACCAUUCCAAACAUAUUUGCUCCGUGGUACUUGGCGAGGCGGUGUUCCACUGAUGCGAUGUUUUCGAGUGGAUCCCAUGUGGGAGCGAAUACUUUUGGCGCCUGGGCUUCUACUCGCGCAUGGUAUGUUGGCCCUGUUGCUGUUCAUGAUGGUGCAACGACCUGCUGAUAUCUUCCUGAAACCACUGUUGAAGACAAGAUUUGCGCAAGGCGUUUUACAUGGCCUUUUGCCGCUUUACGUGGCGUUUCUGGCAUAUCAUUCUACAGAGAUGUAAGACAAAAGAGUGAAUGAGAAGGGUUCACAGU